GCGUAAUAACCCGGGCGGCUUCUUCCAUAAAACCCCAAGGAGGAACCCUAAAAGCCCUCGAACUGCUCUCUGCUACGACAUCUGCUAUGGGCGGACCGGAAUCCCCUCCAAACUCUAACCCUAAAAGUUCCUCUCUCUGCGUGGAGUGUGGCUCGAAUCCAUGGAAGUACCGUUGCCCCGGUUGCUCGAUCCUUACUUGCAGCCUUCCCUGCGUCAAAUCUCACAAGGAGCGCACCAGCUGCACCGGAAAGCGGAAUCGAACCGAGUUCGUGCCCCUCUCCCAAUUCGAUGACAAGCUCCUAUUCUCCGAUUACGACUUGUUGGAGGAGACGAAGAGGGUGACGGAAUCGGCUCAUCGGUUGAUUACUGGGUUCGGGAGCAAUUACAGAUUUCAUCUGCCAACGAGGCUUCGGAUGUUAAGGAAUGCGGCAAAUCGACGGAGGACUCGGCUGCUGAGCCUCCCACUUGGCAUGUCCAAGAGAGACAAAAACCAGUCCCGCUACAAUCAGAAGAAUAAUUGUAUUUAUUGGACUGUGGAGUGGAGAUUUCAUUCGACGGAUGUUGUCUUAUUUGACCAUGGUGUAGAUGAAUAUGGAAGCAUUUCUUCUGUAAUUGAGAAACAUCUAGCACCUAGCCCAUGGAAUAAUCAGCUGAGGCAAUUUUGUGAUAUAAGUUUGGAUGAUUUGAGUUUUUUCAUUCGGAAGAAUGCAAAGGGAACCAAGUCACCAUACCGUAAGCUGAACAUCAGAGCUCCCAUAGGUCAACAAUUGCAGAACACUGUGAUUGUGGAGUACCCUGUGAUAUAUGUUUUUCUUCCUUCACAUAAGUAUGAUUUUGAAGUUGAGAAAGAUGCAAAGUCGAUUUCUAGGAGUGAAGAAGCUCCAGUUUCUGCCAGUGGUAUCCCAAGCCCAAAGGGUAUUUUGUUCAGGGAAGAGAAAUUUGAAGAGGGUGAGAUGCCUUUGGACACGCAGGUUAUGGAUCUUAAGCAUUGCAGAACUUCUCAGUCUUCCCGUCAUUCUCAGAUUAAUAAGGAUGAUAUUAGAUCUGCGGAAGAAGGUUAUCACCAAGAUAGGUCAAUGCAAGUGGUAGCAACCAAAACUUUAGAACCUUUUCCUACCGAGAAGCAUCAGGCUGCUAGUGCAGAAACCAAGGACCAUCCGACUGAUGUAAUUCCAGAGAAUCUUUCUCAGGAUGAUAAAUUUGAUUUCCAGCAGGAAAUCAAAGAUGCAUAUUUGAACCUUAUGGGGGAAAUAGAUCCUGAUGAUUUUCUGUGUUUGGAUGGUGUUUAUAGUGGAGGGAAUGAAAUAGUAACAGAUAAUCCCCCAUAUUUUGGUGAUAACUUCUUGAGAGACGAGGAGUUAGAGGAAGGGGAAAUCCCAGGUUACUGAAGAUAAGUAUUGUCACUUAAGACAGCAGGCAUUUCGGAAGUAGACCAAAACUGUCAAUAUUUGAGAUUGAAUGAAAAUCAUCCUCUUUUUGGGUUAAACUAAACUAAUUUUAUGGGGCUGUCAUGGCAAGAACAAAGUCUGGGUAAGAUCACUAUAAUUUGAAAGAAAACAUUGCCAACUCUAAUUCGUGUGAAGAUCCCUAUCCGUGGAAGGAGAUAUAACCCCAUAUUUCAAUUUGUGUCUGAUGGUCGAUUCCUUCUUUUGAAGUGAUAUGAGAUAUGUUGUUCUAAAUCUGCUUCUUCUGUAUUCUUUUACAGUUUUGGGAAUUUAAGUUAGUGAAUAUGAGCAUGAGCAUGUUUAUCUUUGAUUAUUU